GGUACUGUGGAGCUGACAUAAAAGCACUUUGCACUGAGGCUGCCUUGAUUGCCCUGAGACGACGCUACCCCCAGAUUUAUGUGAGCAGUCAGAAACUGCAGCUUGAUGUUUCUUCAGUAGUUCUCAGCGCGCAGGAUUUUUAUCAUGCAAUGCAGAAUAUUGUGCCUGCUUCCCAACGUGCCGUGACAUCUUCAGGACAUGCAUUAUCUCCUGUGAUCAGACCACUGUUGGAACGUACCUUCACUAACCUUCUUGAGGUUUUACACAAAGUGUUUCCUCAUGCUGAAUUUAGCCAGGGUGACAAAAGUGAAGAUGUACCAAGUCUAAUAUUAGAUGAUAGUGAAGAUGAGAAUGCUUCGUCAAUUUUUGAGACGAGCUGUCACUCAGGAUCACCAAAGAAACAGUCAUCAGCUGCUAUACAUAAACCCUACCUUCAUUUUACAAUGUCAGCUUAUCACCAGCCAACCUCUUACAGACCAAGAUUACUGCUAUCUGGAGAGAGAGGUUCGGGUCAGACUUCGCACCUUGCUCCAGCACUAUUGCACACUCUGGAAAAAUUCUCUGUACACAGGCUAGAUCUGCCAGCACUUUAUUCAGUCAGUGCCAAAACGCCUGAAGAAUCAUGUGCACAGAUCUUUCGUGAAGCUCGAAGAACAGUACCAAGUAUUGUUUACAUGCCUCAUAUUGGUGAUUGGUGGGAAGCUGUCAGUGAAACUGUGAGAGCUACUUUUCUAACUUUGCUGCAAGAUAUACCAUCUUUUUCCCCUAUAUUUCUACUGUCUACCUCUGAGUCCAUGUAUAGUGAAUUGCCUGAAGAGGUGAAAUGUAUUUUCAGAAUCCAGUAUGAAGAGGUUUUUUAUAUUCAAAGACCAAGUGAAGAAGACAGAUUGCGAUUUUUCAAAGGGUUAAUUCUUGAUGAGGCAGCAAUGCCCCCACCAAGAAGGAAACAGGCUGCUCUUCGUGCUCUGGAAGUUCUUCCUCUUGCACUGCCAUGUCCUGCCCGUGAGCUUUCAGAAGCAGAAAAACAGCGAAUGGAGGACCAGGAAGAGAACACAUUGAGAGAGCUGCGGUUGUUUCUCAGGGAUGUUACCAAGAGGCUGGCCACAGACAAACGCUUUAACAUCUUCAGCAAACCGGUGGAUAUUGAAGAGGUUUCAGAUUACCUUGAAGUUAUCAAAGAGCCAAUGGACCUAUCAACAGUAAUAACCAAAAUUGAUAAACAUAACUACUUAACAGCCAAGGAUUUCCUAACAGAUAUUGACCUGAUCUGUAGCAAUGCAUUGGAGUACAAUCCAGACAAAGAUCCUGGAGAUAAAAUAAUUAGACACAGAGCAUGUACUUUGAAGGACACAGCUCAUGCUAUCAUUGCUGCUGAACUGGAUCCAGAAUUUAAUAAGAUGUGUGAAGAAAUCAAAGAAGCAAGAAGAAAAAGAGGCUUGUCAGUAACAGCAGAAACAAUAAAUCCUCAUGGUUCCACUGUACGGAAAACAGAAGCUAGAGUUGAAGAGGCAUUUCGGAACAAGCAAAAACCCACAAUGGCUGUGUGGCCCAACUCUGCGAAUAAAUGUGCAUUUCGAAUAAGGAGAAAAUCAAGACGACGCUCACAGUGGGGCAAAGGCAUUAUUAAGAAGAGGAAAGUCAAUAAUUUAAAGAAAGAUGAAGAUGAUGCAAAGUUUGCUGAUGAUGAAAAUCAUGGAGAGGACAGUAAAUUGCUGGAAAACGGAGAGCUAGAGAUCAGCACUGACUGCAUUGAGGAGAAUGGGGAGGAAACAGGAGAUCUCUCUAUGACAAAUGAUGAAUCCUCUUGUGAUAUUAUGGAUAUAGAUGCAGAACAGAGGCUUAACAAUGGGACAUCAGGAAAGGAAAACAAUUUUGCAUCCACAGAAGAAGAGAGCUCAAAUGAAUCCCUGUUAAUAACCGACAGUGUUAAUCUGAGUGCUGAAAAGGAAUUAAGGAAGGACUCUACAUCAAAAGGGGACUGUGUGAAUGGAGAGACAUCUGUACACAGCUCAGAAGGUAUACCUGUUCCAGCAUGUCAUAAUGGUAAAAUGGAAUCAGUUCAUGCUGUUUUACCCUGUGACAACAGUGAUGUGUCUAGUAACAAGCAAAAAUUUUCAUCUGAAGAUCAGCCAAAGGAGAAUAUGGAAGCUUCCAGUGAAAGUCAAGGAGCUGAUCUAGUGAAAGCUGAAUUACCACAUUGCAGCAAUAAUGAAAAAACACUACAGAGCACAGACGUUGAAACUAAAGAUGCCGAAGCAGAUAAGGAAGGUAUAUUGAAAAGCAAGAAAACACGAAAAGUCACUAUGGAACAGGCAAAGCCCACCACUUUGGAGGAGGUCCCAGAGGAACCAUCGGAUCCCUUACUUUCUGUAGUUGUUGACCAUGACAGACUAAAGAAACUGCUUGAUUUGGUGGUUAAGAAAAGUGACAACCUGACUGUUGACCAACUUGAGAGAUUAUAUUCACUCCUUAGUCAGUGCAUCUACAGACAUCGUAGAGACUAUGACAAAUCACAACUUAUAGAGGAGAUGGAAAGAACAGUUCAUGUGUUUGAAACAUUCCUGUGA